AUGCAUUCCAAACCCAUUCAAUUGCUGCUUCUUUGCACUUUUGCUUUGUUUUCAGAUGUUGUAUUUGGUGAUCCUCCGUAUAGUAUCUGUUCUUCAAGCGGUAGCUAUGUAAACGGCAGUUCCUAUGAAAACAAUUUAAACAACCUGCUUUCAUCUUUAUCCUCCAAUGCUUCAGACUACAAAUUCUAUAAUACUUCUUAUGGGAUUGCCUCUGACAGAGUUUAUGGCCUCUACAUGUGCCUCGACUAUAUUUCAAAUGAUAAUUGCCAGAAAUGCAUCACAACAGUAACAGAGGAUAUUGUCAAACUGUGUCCUCAAGCAAAAGAAGCAAUCGUGUGGGAAGAGUUGUGCCAGUUGCGUUAUUCCAACAUUAAUUUCCUGGGUAGUUUGAAUGUCACGGGGAACAUUGGCUUAGAUAAUGUACAGAAUCUUACAGAGCCAAAGAAGUUUGAGUCUGCUGUGAAUGAGACACUAAGGAAUCUUACUAAGGUAGCAUCUUUUCAUGUUUCGGCUAACAUGUAUGCUACUGGAGAUGUCCCCUUUGGAGAUCAAACAAUAUUUGCCUUAGUGCAGUGCACCAGAGAUUUAGCUGCAAAUGAUUGUAAUAGGUGCCUACAAAGUGCCAUUGGAGAUAUACCAAAUUGUUGCUAUGCCUCCAUCGGGGCCAGAGUUUUGAGCCGUAGCUGUUAUUUAAGGUAUGAAUUUUAUGCAUUUUAUAAUGGUGUCACAGGACCAACAGAUUCUUCAAAUGGCAAGAAAGAAAGCAAAAAUAAGUCAAGCAAAACAUGGAUGAUUGCUGGAAUUACAGUUGUGGUAGGCUUGGUCAUAGUAUUUUUCAUUUUCGGACUGUACCUUUUCAGGAAUAAAAGACAUCGGCAUGGUAAAAAUGAAAGAGAAAAUCAUAACAUCAAUCUUGGAUCUCUUCGAGUGGCUACCAAUAAUUUUUCUGAUUUGAAUAAGCUUGGACAAGGUGGCUUUGGCCCUGUUUACAAGGGGAAACUUGGUGAUGGCCAAGAAGUAGCAAUAAAGAGGUUAUCAGCUUGCUCCGAACAAGGCUCGGAGGAAUUCAUAAACGAGGUUCUUCUGAUAAUGAAACUUCAACACAAAAAUCUUGUAAAGCUUCUUGGAUUUUGUGUAGAUGGAGAGGAGAAGCUUCUCGUGUAUGAAUUUUUACCCAAUGGUAGUCUUGAUGUCGUACUCUUUGAUCCAAUGCAACGUGCACAACUGGAUUGGAGCAAACGCCUCAAUAUCAUAAAUGGAAUAGCAAGAGGGAUACUUUAUCUUCACGAAGAUUCUCGACUGAAAGUGAUUCAUAGAGACCUGAAAGCAAGUAAUGUAUUGUUGGACUAUGACAUGAAUGCAAAGAUCUCAGACUUUGGAAUGGCAAGGAUAUUUUCAGGAAAUGAAGGUGAAGCUAACACUGCUACAAUAGUUGGAACAUAUGGGUAUAUGGCUCCAGAGUAUGCAAUGGAGGGAUUAUAUUCCAUAAAAUCUGAUGUGUUUGGUUUUGGUGUACUAUUGCUUGAGAUCAUUACAGGGAAACGUAAUGCCGGUUUCUAUCACUCUAAAAACACUCCUAGCCUUCUGUCAUAUGCAUGGAGUCUAUGGAAUGAAGGAAAGGGUAUAGAACUGAGUGAUUCCUUGUUGUGUGAUUCAUGCCCUGGAGAUGAGUUUUUGAGAUACAUGCAGAUUGGACUGCUGUGUGUUCAAGAGGAUGCAUAUGAUAGACCAACCAUGUCUUCUGUUGUGAUGAUGCUGAAGAAUGAAUCAGCUACGCUUGGCCAUCCAGAAAAACCACCUUUCUCUGUAGGGAGAUUCAAUGCCAAUGAACAAGAUUCACAAGAAUGCUCAGUCAAUUUCUUAACCGUGUCAGAUAUAUUACCCCAGUAAAACCUCUUUGUUGUGUUUACUGUACUAAUGGCUAUGUAUUACUU